AUGAAGUUCUCCUGCAUUCUGCUGCUGCUCCUCUCUCUAUCCAACUUCCAGAACAACCCAGUUGCUAUGAUUGACACAAUGUCAUGUAUUGAGAAUAAAGACACCUGUCACCUCAAGAACUGCCCACGCUUUCAUAACGUAGUUGGCACCUGUUAUGAAGGAAAAGGCAAGUGUUGCCACAAAAACUGUUGA